AUGAAUGUAAAUUCGGACCUUUAUGAUAAUCCAGUUCAUGCAGUUCUUCAAUUAACAAAUACUUUGGAAGAUGACUAUACUAAUUGCCCUCCAGCAUUUCAAAAAUACUUCAAAAAUGUUAAACUUCCAAAAUUUAACAAGAAAACACUUGCGAAAUUCGAUGUGAACACUGAAUCAACAGACAAAAUCGUUGAAAUGCUGCUUAAAUCAGGUUAUUCUUUUCCAUUUUUUCCGCAAUUGAUUCCUCUUCUUUCAAAUUCGAACAGUGGAAUAGAGUACAAUAAAUUUGUCUUGUGCUGGGUUCUUAAUACUGCAAUUUCUUAUACGAUUUACUUCCAUAAUACGUCCGAUUUAACUUACUCUGAUAGUGUUUUGAAAUUAUUACUUAUGUAUACGAAUUCCGACUAUACUAACUACAUUAUCUCAUGCUUUAUAUAUGUAUUUACAACUAUUUCGAUAUCGUUUAAUGAAAAUAACAUAGAAAUUUACAUGAUGAUUUUACUUCAAUUCUUUUCAUUGCCAUUUUCCCAUGAUAUUCAAUCUACAAAUCUAAUACCAACAGUACUUACAGUUUUACUACGUUCUUUUGAGAAAAAUCCUUCAUUAGCCACAAAAUUUAUUGAUAAAUGUAACGAACUGUUCGAAAACGACAUUUUAAUGCUUGACCGAUACUCUCUAGCUAAUCUACUAUCACUUACAUUACCUCUUAUCCUAGAAUUACAAGCCUGCGCCCUAAGAUUUCUAAAAAUCGGAAUUAAAUCGAAGCUUCCAUGCGAUUUUGCUACAAUAUUUUCACUACUUCCUAGAUACAUGUAUAAAACAUUCAUCGAAACUCCAAACAAAAUAAGCUGGGAGAAAAAAAAUAAUUUGGUCGUAUUUGAGACCACAAAUGUCUACGACGGCUUGAUGGAAGUUGUACAAAAUAAUCCUAAUACGGAUACCCUCGAAAUGACUGAAAUAUCUCUACCAGAAGAAAUACAAUUAACUUACAUGUUUCCUACUGAAUCGAUCAUGAAACUUGAGUCGAUAAUCGAUAUCUUGGACGGCAAAGAAACAUAUUCCCUGAUUUUCUAUGAAGAACUCCUCAAAAUUUGCGAAAAAUCCGAAUUUGAAUUUAUCGGAAAUGCUUUCGCCGGAGCUUUGUAUUUUGCAGAGUCUAUCUCAACAUAUACAAAUGUAGGUUUAAAUCUUGUGAAAUCAACGAUUUUUGACCCUCAUAUUACAUAUUUUGAUCAUUGUAAGGGAUUUAAGUACUUAAACUCCUUGAGAAUGCACGCAGUCAACUUAAUAUUAUCAGAGAACUGGUAUGAGCCCAUGGAAACCUUAGUUCUCUCAAAUUAUCGUUAUCCAAAUUUAAUUUCGGAACUUUUUUACAGAAUAACAUACAGUUUGCCAUUUCUAUCCAGAAUGAUCGUUACUUAUCCGAAAUUGGCCAAAGUUUUCCGUCAAAUUUUCUCAUAUUACAGAUCUCUCAGAAUUUCAUCUACAGAGAACAUGGAAUACAUCAAAAGAGCCGAGAUAUCAUGUUAUUCGCUCAUUGCAGCUCUUUUUAAGAACAAAGAAGCAGCAAAAGUUCUGAUUUCUGAUAUGCUCUUUAUGACAUCAUUUACUUUGCUUCUUUCUGAUGAUUACACGAGGAAAUAUUGUUUGGAACAGUUCGAAUACCUGUUUUCUGUUCUUCCUUAUGAAGAUUUAAUUUUAUUAUUUAAUUAUCUCAUUCCUCUUAUUGCCAAUAUCAUUAUUAACAUUGACAAUGACAAGAACGUAUCAGUUCUCAUGGAAAUAUUCCAAUCUCUCCUCAAAAUUUUCAGAAAUCGGAAUGAACUGAAAAAUCUUUCCGAAAUUUUGAUUCCUCAUUUCAGUAACUUGAUGGAGAACCUCCAGUCAUCCAAAGAAAGCCACAAAUCCCUGUUUAAGCUCACUUUUUCCUUGUUAAUUGAGAUAUCAAUUGAAAUUAAAAAACCGUUAAUAGUUAUCAUUGCCAAGACCAUUCCAAACAUGUUCCAAAGCGAUUGUCCAACCGAUGUCUAUGAAAUGUUGGUCAAAUUCAUGAAUGGAAAUACAAAUAACAUGUUACCGAGUUUUAUUCUUAAAAACAACAAUUCCUUGUUAUUGUAUUUCAAAGUAUGCUUUUGGUACAAACUAAUUGACAAAUGUCUUGAUUUUGCUAUGGGAUUAAUUCAAUUUUCCCCUGAAAACGCAAAAAUGGCCAACAAAGAUGAAGUUGAUUUAUUUUUAUUGUCACAACUGGAGAAUUCAUCAGAAGUAGAGAAAAUCUUGGAUUUAUUCCGAGAAAUAAGUUGUAUUUAUUCUUCUCCAAUGGUUGUGAAAUCAUAUUUUACUUUGUUGUCGCCAAUCAACAACAAAUUAUCAAAGAAUCAUGUUUUGUUGAUGAAAACAUUAUCAGAGAUUUGUUUUAAUACAUAUUGGCUGCAAAAGAAAUCAUCAUUAUUAGGAAAUACUUUAUCAAGUAAUGAUUUCAAAAUUUCUGACAAUUUUACAAAAGGAUUUUCAUUUUUAUUUUGGUUUAUUAUGAGAGCGACAGAUACAACUGUCGUACCAAUAUUUAAUAUAGAAAUAGAUGACUUCGUUUUCUCUAUUUAUAUAAGAGAAACAACUUUAUGUGCUUUCAUUAAUUCUAAUAAUUUUAAUCAAGAAAUUAGAGUUCCUUAUAAAUUUAGAAAAGGUGUUUGGUAUUAUUUAAUAAUGAAUUACAAAAUUAACGAAGAGAAUACGGAGUUAACAAUUAAAAUACAUCAUAAUGAAUUGUCUAUUCUUAAAAUGUCUAAAACAACAUUUGAUCCUGAGAAUAUUGCGCAUGCAAGAAUUGGUUCUUUAGUUAUGAAUAACAAAAGUAUAAUUGAAUUGGGUGUUUCUUUUUUGACUUCACUUUUGAAUCAAGAACAAAUGAAAGAAUUAAGUCUUUGCACGCCAACAAGUAAUAUAUCAGGGUUAGUUAAACCUUUGAUAUCUUUCGAACCUGGUUCUCAAACAGAUUCUCAUGAUGACUCAAGUUUUGUUUAUACAAUUGUAAAAUUGUGGAAAUUUGACAUUGUUCUUCCUUUGUUUUCUCUGUUCGAUAUCAGGUUUUCUGAUGGUUCUCUUUGGCAGGACGCGGCAUCAGAAACAGUAUCAAUACUUGCAAAAACAUUAAUGAGCGGUGAUUACGCAGAAAGAUACUUUUUUGAACAAAAGAAAUUCUCUUUAAUCGCUCAUAUUUUAGUCCAAUAUCCGCCAAAAACUUUGACAUACAAAAUUUACAUUCAAUUUUUCAAUUUGUUCGAAAUUCUGAACAAUAUAAACCUCAGAAAACAUUUAUUUGAUUCAAUUCUUGCAGAACCAUAUAUCUGGAUUACAGCAGAUGCAGAAGAUCAUUUGAACAUAUUAAAGCAUUGGUCAGGAACAUUGUUUAUCAAAGCUUUGAAGUAUUUACAAGAAUUCAGACCAUUGAAUGAGUUAUUGAAUGUUUUAACUUUCUUUUAUUGGUACGAAGACACAUCAGGGAUUGCUUUUGGAGGAAAAGACAGUAAGAGACCGAGAGAUGAAAAGUUGGAUAUAACAAAAUGUAGAAUUGAAAUUAAUAAUUGUAUAAAAUACUUGGCAUCUUUGAAAUUCACGAAAGAUGACUUAUGUUUGAUAAUUAGAACAUGUUAUAAUUGUAAUCAUGAUGAAAAACAAGUCAUUUCAUUGUUGGAUUUAUGUGAAGAUUUAAUUCUUUCUUACGCUGAUCAGAAACUCAUACAAAUUGAUAUGCAAAUGCUUGCUCCUUUGCAUGAUAUGCUCUCGAGAUCUGAAGAAGCAAUUGCUUACAUGAUAAUCAAAGUUUUCAUAGCAAUAAGAAAGAAAAAUUUGAUGUCAAAAAGUGACAUUUAUUCAUUAUUUGACAUAUGCAUUUAUUCGAUGAAUACUCAGAUAUUAAGUCAAUCUUUCUUUGUAGGGAUAUCCAGUUACAUCAAACAAAUACCAGAACUGUUUCCAAUGGCUUGUUGGAUUUCUUUCAUCAAAAAUGACCAAAUCAUAUUUGAUGAUUUAAUUAAAAACAUCCAGAAACUCACGCCAAGUCAGGAUUACGUUUGCGCUGAUACAUGGUUCAUUUGGCCAUUAAUAGCUGCUUCAAAAAUCAACAAAAGUGAUUUGAAAAUUUUGAUUUCUUUCAUGUUGAAUUGUCAAAAAAGUGACAUCAAUUUAUUACUUAAUCAAUUGAGUGUUAUAUGUGCAGCGUUACCUAAUGAGUCUGAUGAUUACCAAUACUCCUUCCUGGAGACUGCUUUAAGAAUGCUAGAAUCAAACGAAAUCAAACAAAAUCAAGAAAAUUAUUUAAUUGUCAUCAAACACGUUUUCUUGUUUUUGUAUUUAAGAAAAGAGGAUUCUGUGAAUACUACAUUGGUUUCUGAGUUCCAUAAAUCACCUUUCAUUUCGAAAUCAGAAUCCGAAAUUAUUGAAAAAGGAAAAUCUCCGAAAAGGUUCCCAAACGGGUUCGGAAUCGUCAAAAUAUUCAAGAUGUCUGCGUUCGACAUCAAAAACUACGUUUGCGGAUACAGAUUUGACUCCCAAAACUCAAAAUGGAUGGAUUCUGAUAUCGCUGACUCAUUUAUAAAGAUCUUGUCAAAACAGGAUACUUUGCAAUACGACCAACUAGGUUUGUUGAUGCUAUCUUUAGUGAUGAAAUCUAAUAAUAAAACGAAUAAAAGUGACUUGUCACUUUUUGCGAGAAUUAAUCGGUAUACAAAUCAUCCUGCCGAUGUCGCUGAGAACUUUUCGAGGUUGUAUGAGCAAUCAAUUAAAUACUUGGAUGAAAUGAAAGAGAUAAACAACGCUGUUUUGGCUCAUCAUUCGAGUUUAACGAACAUUGCAACAAAUAUGAUAACAACAGUGUCUGAAGACAUUGAUGGAGAAGAGAGAAUAAUGACACAGUCAUAUAGUAAGAAGAUGUUCGAACAACAUGACUCAAAUGAGCAGUGGAAAAGAAUUAUUUCUGCAAUGACGGCAGAAAAAGGUCCGUGGUCAUCAAUUGUACCUGAAAAUGUCAUAAGAUGGAAGAGAGAGAACACAGCAUGCUUCGCUUUAUGCCCUUAUCGUAUGAAAAACAACGAUAAUUUUGAUGAUCACAAAAUUGCUUCUCAAUUCAGAGAUUCGAUCAUCACAGAGUUUAGAUUUGAGAAGAAGAAGACGGAAUAUCCUCCGAAAAAGAUCUUUUCCGGGUCACAAUAUGAAUUAAUCACGAAAUGCAAGAGAAUAAAGACAAAAGGAACCAAGAAAUACCUUCUAGGUAUUGCAGCAAACUCAAUUGACAUGGUUUCUUCUGAUUCUUCCAUUAGAAUUAUCCCGAAUUCUCAUGUGAAGUUUAUUUUCUUCAGAACAAGGUACCACAAACCUGUUGCUAUCGAGAUAUUCACGUUUUCUGGUAAAUCUUUCUUCCUAGAAUUCGUAGAAUAUAAAUCUUCAUUCCAAAUUUUGGAAAAAAUGUCAGAAAACCUCAAAAAGAGGGUCCAAACCACAGGAUUCUUGGACUUUUUCUCAAUUUCUGGCAUCACAGAGAAAUGGGUCAAUAAUAAGAUGUCAAACUUCUCUUAUUUGAUGAAUUUAAACGUUUAUUCAGGCAGAACAUUCAAUGACAUGUCGCAGUACCCUAUUUUCCCUUUAGUUCUCGUUCCUUCGGAGACUUAUGACUUAAAUGGUCCGAAAUCUUUCAGAGAUUUGUCAAAACCGAUUGGCGCUCAAGAUGAUGAGAAACUACAGAAGCUGAUAGAGAAAAUGAAUGACAAUGAAGAGCAUUUCUUGUAUACUUCUGGUCCAAUUUCAAGUUUAGUCAUUUGCCACUACUUAAUAAGAAUUGAACCGUUCACAACAUCACAUAUUGAGCUCCAGAGUGGCAAAUUCGAUGUUCCUGAUAGGAUUUUCUUUAAUUAUAACGCAUCAAUGAAGAAUAUCUAUGUUGAUUUGAACGAUAACAGAGAAUUAAUCCCAGAGUUCUUCUUCCAACCCGAAUUCCUUAAGAACCAGAACAAUUUCGACCUCGGAAGGACACAAACCGGAAUUAUCUCAGAUGUGAUUCUUCCAGAAUGGGCCAGCUCCCCACUAGAUUUCAUCUACAAGCAGAGAAAAGCUUUGGAAUCACAGUACGUUUCAGCACAUUUGCAUGAGUGGAUUGAUUUGAUGUGGGGAUACAAACAGAGAGGCGAAGAAGCAGAGAAAGCUAAUAAUCUUUACGAUCCAAACUUGUACGAAGAUGUUUGGGAGAAAAAUAAAGAAAAUUUGGCCACAAAAACGUUUUUGAAGCUUCUUGGACAAAUUCCUCCACAUCUUUUCAACAAACCACAUCCCCGCAAGGUCAUGAAUCAGAAGCAAUUAAUAACUGUUCCUUACCAUUACAUAAACCAAGAACUGAAAUCUGUCACUUUUUAUUACGGGUGUGCAGACAUGAAUGGUCGGUUAAUAUUAAUUGGUGAUGAUUCAUAUCUUCGUCUUUACAGUGAGUUAAUCACUGAUGAUGAGUUCGAAUUGAUCCAAUCCGAUGCACAUUUAAUAACAUCAAAAUUCCUUUCCCAAAACAUGUCAAAAGACAUGUUAUUUAGUUCCGGCAGCGAUUUCAUUGUAACUGCCAACAAACACAGUAAUCAGUUGUUCGUAAUUGGCGUUGACAAAGCAGUUACUUUUACAACAACUUCACCUCACAAAGAGAUAUCAAAUAUCUCAGCCGAUGGAAAUUAUUUUGCAACGACAGGAACGGACAACAUGCUCUAUAUCUAUAGAAGUGGUUUCUCCAAGAAGAUCUCCUUCUCAACACACGUUUACAGAGAAACAGUUACUUCUAUGUGCGUCAGCGAUUCCUACAAAGUUGUUGUUUGCGGAACAAGAGAUGGCGGUUUAAUCGUCACCAGUUUGACAGAUGGCAUCACUGUGAGAGUCAUGGAUGUACACGAGGAACCAGUGAAGAUAUGCGUAACUCAACAAUGGGGAUUCAUCGUUUGCUUGAUUCUGAUGCAAUCAAAUUUCAAAAUCGUUGUUUUCACAAUUAACGGAGAAUUUGUGAAUGAAAAAACAGUUAGAUGUGAUUCACAGGUCACAAACAUGUAUACUUUCUCAACAUACAAAGGAUUCGACUACAUAUGUGUUGUGAAUUCACUUGGAAAGUUGUUAGUUGCUGAAGUUUACACUUUAGAUUUUAAUAUUUAUUCACCAGGAUUAACAAGUGGAUUGUGCGCACUGACGUAUUCCCAGAACACAGAUUGUAUUGUAUUGAUGGAGAAAACAGGAAAAAUCAUUUACCAACCAAUUAAUACAACUAUGAAUUGA